AUGACCUUUGGCAUAAGUUGUGCGCCAUGCAUUGCUCACUACAUACGUGACAAGAAUGCAGAAUCAUACCGCCAGCAGUAUCCUCAAGCAUACGAGGCCAUCCGAAAGGCUCACUAUGUCGACGACUACAUCGACAGUACGGACAGCGAGCAGGAGGCUCUCGACGUGGCAACUCUGGUUCGCAAGGUUUAUCAAGCUGGUGGAUUCGAAAUCCGAAAUUGGACCUCGAACUCCACUGAAGUCCUUAUGCAGUUACUCGAUGCCGACUUCGCAGCGCAAGCGCCAGUCCAAUUUGGUGGCACAGAAAAGGUGUUAGAGUGGCGUCGCCUAUACAGAGCAGUAGCAACAUUCCUCUUGUACUUCGAUCGAUUGAACGCUAAACGACUCAACCGGACCAAACCGAACAAUAUUACUCCGGAACUGAUCAAAAAGGCGAUCAACCUACUCUUCAAGCAAGCGCAAGCUGAAGCAUAUUCCGCAGAAAUUAGUUUACUACGUGCAAAGCUAUCGCUAAGCAAACAAAGCAGAUUGGCUGGAUUAAAUGUUUACCUCGAUGAAAACGGGAUCAUGAGGACUCAAGGUAGAGCCGACUCCAUCAACUGCAGGAAAGACGCUAUCGUUAUGCCAAGGGAAAGCUACAUUUCGUUCCUAAUAGUAAAGGCAUAUCACGUCGAAAAUCACCAUAUGGCUCAUGAGACGACCAUAAACAACGUAAUGGCCUCUUAUUACGUGCCACGUUUGCGCGUUUUAUACAAGUCUGUGCGUAAAUCCUGCCAAAAAUGUAAGAUAAAUAACGUCGUGCCUGAACCUCCACAAAUGGCGCCAAUACCCGCAGCGAGAUUGGCCAGCUUCGCAAGACCAUUUACGUAUACAGGCGUUGACUACUUCGGACCCAUACUGGUAAAUGUCGGCCGGCAUAAGGAGAAGAGAUGGGGUGUGCUUUUUACUUGCCUGACACUCCGAGCAGUACACUUCGAAAUAGCUUACAGUUUGGAUACUAGCUCCUGCAUCAUGUGCUUACGCAAUUUUAUGGCACGCCGUGGUACGCCGAUGGAAAUAUACUCGGACAACGGCACGAAUUUUAGGGCCACCGAAAAAGCUGUACGAGAGGAGCUGAUGAAGAUCGAUUUUGACAAGCUAACCAUAAAAUACGACCGCAUUAAAUGGCGCUUCAACCCACCCGGCGCACCCCAUAUGGGAGGCGCCUGGGAACGACUCGUCCGAACCACGAAAACAAUUUUGAAAGGCAUCUGCCCGAUGUAUUCUUUCAACGACGAAAGUCUUCGUAGCGCGCUGAUGGAAGCAGAGUAUAUUAUCAACUCGCGCCCGCUGACCUUU